AUGGCCGCUCUCAGUACUCGCGAGCCUCGCUCGGUGUGUGUUUCGUGGCGCGGUCGUCGUCGCCGUUACCCGUCGUUCACCAUCGCCUUGGCCGCUUGUUUUCGCACGUCGGUCGUCCGCGCACGUACGCAAUUCAUUCCGUUCGCGAAUCCGUCCCGCCCCGAGUCCGCGACGACCCCGUCAGUCUCGUCAUCCGUCGUCGCGUCGUUCCUUUAACCCCGCCGAACGAUAUCCAUCUCUGUCUCCCUCGGUCUCGCGCGAACAGGAGGAAGAACGGCGGCGGCAUUCAGUGAGUCUGUGUCGUACGCGUAUAAUCCGUGUGAGUAUAUAUAUAUAUAUAUAUUUAGUGUGCGUGACAGUGUGCGUUGUGUAUACACCGACGUCGGCGUCGUCAUAAUCGACGACGAAGAGGAACCCUGUGCUCCUUUGGUCGCCAUCUCUCCAUCUUUCUUUCUCUCUCAGCGUUUAUCUUUCCCUCCUCCGUGUGAACUCUGGCCCAAACUCAUUCUCUUCCCGCGAAUACCUUACCUAACCCUUGGUCGUGUAUGUCUGUGUGUACUCCGAAAUCGGAGUACUACGCGCCGCUCCCGUGUGUUUACGAUCGUUGCGUCCUCUUAUCGCUGUCUCGUUCUCCUCUCACCUGCACUCCUGGCCCUGGCGCGGACAGGUGUCCCGUGGAAGCAGCGGAUGUGAGUCGACGACUGCGUUGCUCUCUGUGAUAUAACGUCGGGGGAACCCAAAAGAGUUACGCCUCGACGCUUCUUCCCGAAUCCUGCCGAGAAAACCGAGCCCUUCACUGCCCGAGUCGUCCUCGACCUCGUCGUCGAUCACCAGAGGACGCGACUCUCCUCCAGUCAUCAACGUCCGCCAGUCGCUCUCGCGUAUCUUCUCCGAGUGCGAGUAAUUUUCCAUAGUGUGUGCCAAUCGCGUGGAAUUCCGUUGUAAAUAGCCAGUGACUCCGUGAAAACCGAUCUCGGCACAGACGAUGAUUUUUCGUCAAUCUUGCUUCCCGAUCGAAGAGUGCUCAGUGCCAUCGUCACGAUAGAAUAACAAAAAAGUCAGCGAAAAGGAAUUUUCGUUUGCAAGAUAAUUAGCUCCGACAUCGUCACCAGCGAUAACGAAGAGCCUCAUUAAUCACUCGAUGUGAUAAACCGCCGCUCACGAGAUUCGAUAUACAAAUUAAUUUCCAAAUGCGAUUCACAAUAAGAUCCUGAAGAUCUGCCGGCACCCGAUGCCCGCUCGUAUAAAAAGCUCCGGAUAGAACUCGGCGAAAACGAUCACCGCACGUGUGAUCUCGAGGUCUCACGAUCGUCCUCUCGUCAUCGUCGGGAGCCGUGGAGCCGCGAACGAGAAGUGUCGAACGACGACGACGCGAGCCGCUGCCGCCGCCAAAGCCUCGAGCAGCCGCACACCGGGAUGCGCGCCGCGUUGACAGGACCCAGGACCCGGUAGCUCCGUUGCCGGCACUCGUAGCGAUCCUCAGCCCGUGGCGCCGAAAGAGACGGGGUCGCUGCAAGGAUCGGCCUCCGAGCGCCGCGAUGUCGAUACGCGUGAGCGGCGUCUACCUGGUGCCCACCAGUCCGGGUUCCGACAACGGUGGGAACGACAAGAGCGUGGACCAUCAUCAUCAGCAACAGCAGCAGCAGCAGCAGCAGCAACAGCACCAUCAUCACCACCAUCAUCAUCAUCUCUCGACGACGAAAACGGUGACGAUCGUGACUGCGCCGCAGCGCAGCAACAGUCUGGAUUAUCUAAACUUCGAGGAGAAGCGGCAGAUCAUCGCGUCUUCCCUGUCUUUGAGUGAUUUCCUCGCGCAUGGACCCGCAGCUGCUGCGGCCGCCGCCAAGGAAGUGGCAGCGAACACCGUCAUAGCGAAAAAGCAAAAUGGUGCUGCUUUACGAACAAAUAGUUUGGGUUCGGGUGCGAGAACGCCGCCCUUGGAAAGAAAAAGUAAAUUUUCGGCACUCGGUAGACUCUUCAAACCCUGGAAAUGGAAGCGGAAAAAGAAAUCGGAUAAAUUCGAAGCCGCUUCGUUAUCGCUCGAGAGAAAAAUCUCAGUACGUGCCAGCAGAGAUGAGUUGGUGCAGAAAGGGAUAUUGCUGCCCGUUAUACGAUCGACAUCGUUUCCGGAAAAUGAAACGAUAAACGAGUCGGACGCGCAAAAACCGCCGACGCCGCAGCAAGCGUCGCAGCAGCAACAGCAACAGCUGUCACCGCUGCAGCAGCAGCAACAACAACAACCGUCCGGCGGGAUCGUGACGGGUGGCCUUGGGGGUGGCGAUGGCACCCCUCAGGCAACACCUACGUCCGCCGUUAACGCGCAGCAAUCCCAGCAAGCGAUACCCUCGGCUACGCCGACCCCGACGACUGCCAACCCGCAUUCAGGACCGCCCAGCAACAAUCAACCCUCGCCCCAUCCUUCGCCCAUGUAUCCCGGGAUGCCGCAGCAGGCCGGCCAGCCCAACGGCAGCACGCAAGAGCCGAAGAAGGAUAAGACUGAACAGAGUGCGAAUGGCGCGUUAUCGCCGAGCGAGUCGCCGGCCGCGAAUCUGGGCCCGGUCCCGGAUUCCGGAGAAGGCCAGCAUAAGCCGAACAGGCCGAACACCCUCGAGGCCAGGGUGGUAGCCAGGAGGCUGAUCUUGUUCGACAUGGACAAGAGGGUGCUGGAUCCGCCGAGCGCCGACAAUCAGCAGGUUAUCGAGAGGUGUUAUCCAUUACCACCUCAGAAUACCCUGAUGUUGUCGGAGCUCCCGGAACCGCCGAUUCCGCUGAGUGAAAUCGGCCCUAUACCACCCCCGCCCAUGUUCAGUUCCCCGAGUCCUACUUUGCUGGCGAGACAACGGCAGAUCCCGCUUUCGGACUGCGAGGAUGAGGACGAGGAAGACGUCGACGUCGAGGAGGAGGACGACAAUAUGUACGUCUUCAGGGUGUCGCAGCCGGAUCCGGCGAUCGACACGUCCCGUGUCGAGGAGAUACCGGCGAAGGAGCCCAAGUUCCACGCCGUGCCGCUCAAGAGUGUCCUGAAGAAGCGAGGUUCCGGAAGCGGACCCGGCACGCCUCAAAACACGCCGACGCAGGAGAACAGGCCGCUGACGCUUCGCCAGGAGCUCCAUGCCUCAUUCAAAAGGCCACCGUUGAGGCCUAGGAUGAGAAUAUGCAGUCGACCGGUCAGAUUCGGCCUCACUUUGCCCUGCACGUUGGAGAACAAGGAGAACGCGCGGCCAUAUGUCAUCAGGGAAGACGCGGAUGGCGAUUCCGGCGACGGACAAGUCCUCUACAGGGAAGAUUACGAUGACGAGAAAAGCCGUUUGGCAGCCAAGAUUGCGCGCAAGGAAUCGCUUUCGCUGAAGCUCGCUCUCAGGCCGGAUAGACAAGAACUCAUCAAUAGAAAUAUCCUUCAACUGCAGUCAGACAAUGAGAGGCAGGAAACGAAGGAGGCGAUUGGUGCCAAGCUCAUCAGGCGGCUGAGCAUGCGGCCGACUCAAGAGGAACUCGAGGAGAGAAACAUUUUGAAAAAGCAAAGUCCUGCCGAGGAAAAAAAGCAGAAAGAGGAGAAGAAACGCUAUCUCCUGCGUAAGUUGAGUUUCCGACCAACCGUCGAAGAACUCAAGGAGAAAAAGAUUAUUAGGUUCAACGACUAUAUCGAGGUAACGCAGGCUCACGAUUACGAUAGAAGAGCCGACAAGCCCUGGACGCGGUUAACUCCGAAGGACAAGGCUGCCAUUAGGAAGGAAUUGAACGAGUUCAAGAGUUCGGAAAUGGCCGUUCACGAAGACAGCCGACACCUCACCAGGUUCCAUAGGCCAUGACAAUUGCAAUGUGUUGAGGUGCUACAGUGUGGUGCGGGUAUACGUGAAGGUGCAGUGUGGUGGCCUCGUGUUGAGGCUGGAUAAAAAGAAGGGUAUCGUGGCUCUUUCCGAAUUUAACGGCGAAGUGCGCGAUACUCCGAUCGGUGACGGUGAUUUCUUUGACGUUGCUGCGUCGUGUCGCCGUUCGUCGUUGUCGCCGUAACAUCAUUCACCGGCACUUCCUCCGUCAUCGUCAUUUACACACGUCAGCGGCGAGCGCCACCACGACGUCGACGAAGAUUGUGAUAGGGUGACCCGCCGUCUCCGUCGAAGAGGAUGGGUGGCGGGCCGCUCGCCGAUUUCUUUUCUUAAGGGUCGUUCACACUCGUGCUUAGCCGCGCAAACUAGCUCUUCGUUCUUUCCAAAACCUAAUCUUUUUGAGUCUCUCUUCGGCGCCGACUCGAACGACAAUGUCGUUGCAGUGCAUGCAUCGAGAGACGAAUCUCUUAUAUAUUCUCAAUAUGCUCGAAAUAUUCUUGAAAACUGCGCGGUGAAUUCUGAAAUAGGUAUAUACUGCGCGUAUCUUCUUCCGCAUUCAUUGAAGCUUAAAAAACUAAUAUUUAACUUCAGAUUUACUCUCGAAAGCUUGCCGCUGUGAAAAAUCAAAAUGCUGUACAGAGUAAGUAAAACUUUUUUAUAGAAACGUUUCUCAGUGUGUGUUCGCGUCUCGCUGAAUAAAAUCAGAAGUCAAUUUCUGAUGGUAUAUCGUGUCUCAUUCAUAAUUGACGUUUUAUGUUAUGAAUUUUAUAAAUUAUUUUUUCUCUUUGUUAUGUAUAAAUUUAAAAAAUUAUGUGAGAGGGACGUGAAAAUGCGAGAUUACGUCUAUCACGAAUAUGUUUUAGCGAUAAAAAAGUGAUACGCAAUCGGAACGCGUGUCACAUGCAUAUAUCGAUGCGUGAAAAUGUGUAGAUUAGUCGCGCAUAUAAGAUUAAGCGCGAGAAACUUUGGCAUAAUUCCAUGGACACUGCGAGCGCACGCGUGUGAACAUACCCUUAAAAUGUGUAAAACACCAUUUUGCAAUCAAGCUAGCUCAUCAGUGUCACCUGGCAUCAUUGUAAAUGUAAAUCGUUUCAAGUUUCGAGCCAUCGUAACGCGUAGAUAUGUGAUACGUCUUGUUGAUAUCACUCGAAAAAAAUACUCGAAUCCUAUUUAAAAAAAAAAAAACAUUCAAGAAGAAGAGAUACAUCACAUUACAAGCGAUAUCUCGUAACUAACAUCGUCGUGAGUUGAGUUUAGUUGACAAAAAAUGUUUUAGUAUUAAUAUUUUUAUACGUUGACGAAUAUAUAAAAGGCAAAGGAAAAAAGUGUUUCCGCAAAAUAAUUUUUCGAUAUAACCCUCGUUUUUAACGAUUAAGAGUCUAUUCGGCUGACGUCCGAAAAUGUGAUUUACGAUAAUUCCAUGUUCUUACGAUUUUGGCGCGAUAAUCCGCGGGCAGAGUAUUCAUUGCUUAUGACACAUUAACACAAUUGCGUGCAUAGUUUAUUGAGCUCUUCGUACGCGUCGCGCGAGGAAUGAAAACAGCCAUUCGGUGUCUACGACAAUCGGUCGACUGCUCGAUCGACACAAUAACUGUUUUCCUUUACUGCCAGGUAUCACUCUCUCGUGGAGCUGCCUUGAGGAGCAAGCGCUUACGAUUAUCUAAAGAAAAAAAUAUUAGAUAUACUCCGUUUGCGGGAAAUCAGAGAUGCAUUGUGCAAUGUAACUUUGUACAGAAGUACAUAGCGUGUAUAUUAGUGAUUAUUAUUAUUAUCAUCAUUGUUACGUCUCUCGAUAAUCUCGCUAUAGGGACACGCUCUAUUGUCCUCGUUAAUUUCAAUCGCGCGUGCGCGCGCGUUUUAAUCGCAGCAAUGUUAAUAAAUUUCUUAAGAGCAAAAGUACGCGUGCUAGUUGUUGUUCCGUAUUCGUCGAGUACAAAUGUAGUAAUUAAUUUUAUAACGGUUUGGCAAGAAGAAAAAAUCGUUAAACAUAUCUUCGAUAAAUACGAUGUAUGUUUGCUAAGCAUUUCGAAAAAAAAAAAAAAUAAUUUAUUGAUAGUAAUAAAGGAAAAA